AUGCUGGGGGGUCCCCGAGUCCUCCAAGCCCGUCCAGCCACCAUCUUCGUCCUCUUCUCCAUCUCAGCUGCUGGCCUGGGCCCCUGGGGCCAGGCUCUGCGGGUGGACCCGGGCCUACCCUCCCUGACUGUGAGGUUGGGGGAGAAGGCCCACCUCCAGUGCUCACACCAAGCCAGCACACCCCACAGCCGGCCCAAAGUCACCUGGUGGAUCACCCUGCAAAGCAACUACAGCUGGCCCGCGAAACUUCUGGAGAGCACAGACGAGGAGCUGAUCAUCCACCAGGUGAACAAGAGCCACCGGGGCUUGUACCACUGCCAGGUGGAGGAGGGGAACCAGACCCAGCGCUCCUGUGGCACCUACCUCCGAGUGCAAGAGCCGCUCCCCAGACCCUUCCUGGACAUGGGGGAGGGCACCAAGAACAACAUCAUCACCGCGGAGGGGAUCAUCCUGCUGGUCAGCGCUGUGGUGCCUGGGAUGCUGCUGCUGUUCAGGAAACGAUGGCAGAACCUGAAGUUCGAGAUGGAUACCCGGGAAGACUAUGAGGAUGAAAAUCUUUAUGAGGGCCUGAACCUCGAUGACUGCUCCAUGUACGAGGACAUCUCCCGUGGCCUCCAGGGCACCUACCAGGAUGUGGGCAGCCUCCACAUCGGAGACGUCCAGCUGGAGAAGCCCUGACCAGGGGGCAGCCCGCCUGCCAAGCUCGAUGCCUAUCUCCCUGCACCCCACAGCUCUUUUCACAAUCUUUCCUGGGAGGUCCUCAGUCAACUUCCCCCUUGGAGGAAGUUGUUCUUCUUCCCUCUUGACUGUCUUAUUCCCUCCACACACCCUAACUCAGUCCUUCCCCUGCUGCUUUCUCCACCCCCCCACCCCCAUGUGUAAUGAGCUAUUAAUCGCUGCCUCUAGGGGAGCUGAUUGCAGCAGCCUUGUUAGUUACCGACCCCCCCCUCCUCUGCUCUGUC